GCCAUUGGAAAGGAUGAGAGCAGUAUAUCUGUAGGGAGGCGCUGGGACUUCUCUCUUAACUUGAACAGAAGACACUCAGGUAGGCCUAGUCUGCAUAGUAGAGACAGGGCAAUGGCUGGAGCAGUGCUAGGAUGGUUCUUCUCCAGUGAGGUGUAGAUUGAUGUGAAGUUUGUAGCAGUAGCAGCUACAUGCAGGCCUAACCCGUGGACAGCAACUAACUUGAGACAAUGGAGCUCAUCUUGUGUUAGGAGAGAGUCUAUUGAUGACAAACAACAAGAGAGUGAAAGAGACAUGGCCUAGCGGUCUUGCUGAGCCUGCGACUUCUCAAAAGCUAGCUUGAGCUUUUCCGGGGGCUGGGUUUAGAUUGUUUUCCUGUAGAUCAUGUGACCAGAGAUAGUAGACGAGCUGAUUUUUUAUAAUGGAACAAGGUGAUUCUCGAGGUGAUCAUAGUGCAAAGUAUCACAAAUUGUCAUCAGAAGGUGAAAGUGAAGAUGAAACCCCACAACAGGCUAGAUUUAGUAGCGGUGUCGAUGAGCUAGUGAAGACAUUGGGUGGAAAGAGAGCGGGAGGUCUUUCCGAAGACCAAAUACAAGCUAUUGCUGUUUGUUGCCGCUUUAUCUUGAAGAUGGAUCCAGAAGAGCAAAUCCAGCCACUGUUGGAUGAAUCCUUUUCUGUACUUUUUGAAAAAGGCAUCAAAGUUUGUCCAGAAAUAACAAAGAAUGGCAUAGAUCCCGAGGACCUUUUAUACUUUAUGCUGGAGAGACUAGGAUGCAACAUGAAUGGCCUUCCUCGCUCUGUGUCACCUAAUGACAAUAAUGUUUACAAGCAAAUCGACAUGAUUCUCACUCUAGCAACGACAGUAAUAACAAUGAGUGAAAGUGAUUACGAUAAAUUCGAAAAGUUUCAUACUGAGCAAAAUGGUGGGAUAUUGUUAGGCCAUGUAGAUAUUAAGCAUCGCUGUGACCUCAUUUGUCGUCUCUUAGAGGAGAAACCACUUCAUGCAGAGGAAGACAUCAGUAUUGUCUUUGAUUGGCUACAAGAAUCUGGCUGUUCAAGCUACCAACAGAAGCUACGAGACUACUGUGAGAGACGUCGUAUCAAGGUUUCAAGGCAAUUGGAAACUUGUACCUGUUGCUUUAUUGUGGUAGUUUUAUUGAUCCUUUGUUCCCUGAUGAUUGCUAUUAUUUUGAACCUAUGGUUCAUUCCAUCCAUUGACGUCAAUGUAAAAGACCCACAGAAUCAGACCUACCCAAUUGGUGUCAACACUACCGUUAAAUUGGACUGCUUCGAUAUUUCGAUUACAGAUUUAGUUGAUGUCAGUUCCUUGACACAUAUAGACUACGCUACUGUCUAUGCCAUACCUGAAGAUCAUAUUAGCACGCAUCUCCUGGUCUUACCAUACAUUUAUAAUAAAUGCCAUUCUGGUCAUUCCUCUCUUCCGAUCUCCAUUUCGUAUUUCGAUUGUCACGAGCCUAUUUAUACAGCAAGUGGUGGAGGGACUCUUAAUUUAUUUAUCGAUUUGGUAAAUAGCAAUCCUGACAGGGUCUCUUGUGCAAUGAGAUUGUUUGGUUUUUCUAAUGACUCCGAUUACAUUAGCUACACACGUGUUGCUAGAGAUCCUCAAGAUGAUCCACCUCGUUUCGUAUACAGUUCAGAUUGUAAUGGUACUAAUGGAACUCAUUCAUUCUCAAUACCAUUACCAGGUAAUUCUUUGCGCUAUUUUGUUCUUGCUGUAGUUAAUCAAACUAAAGUGAAUGUCAGCAUUUCAGGAAAUAUAUCAGCAUAUUCAAAUGCAGCAAAAUACAGAGUUGAUGAGUGCCAUCUUACUCAGUCAAAUAAAUAUUGCUCUAUCAUGAUAAAUCCCAAAAAGAGCAGAUAUAAGAACAAUCGUGGUCACUUGUGUCUUUUUGGUAACACUACUAUUGGAUUUGAAGGGAAAGUGAAUCUGUUCGCUACAUUUAUAACAAGAAGAGUCUAUCUUCAAAAGUACUGGAUAUCCUCUCUUCCUCUCUGCGGCUUAACAUUAAUUAUUUUCUUUGUUUUAUUUAUCAUUGUUGUUGCUUAUUGUCGUCAGCGUCGUAACAGAAGAAAGAGGAUAACAAAAGUAACUGGAGGACAAGUACAUGCUAAGUAACUUCCAUUUAUUUUAUUAUUGCUAAUAGGAACGUUUUCAUUAAUCAUGUGAUGUGUAAUAAUUAUUGUUAAUAUUAAAUUUUAAUGUUUCAUUUAUUAUGUAAUGUAUAUUAGCCUAUUUUCUCAAAAGAAAUUAAUUUUAAAA